GAUUUAGGAUUUUUGAUGGUUAUUUGGCAAGGCUUCUUUGUGAUUGAAGUAUUAGUUAUUACCAAACUCUUAUCCAAACUCUCAAAAUACUAUAAAUUACAACCUCAUCUCACCUAUUUUCUAUAUCAACCAACCCACAAACAUCGCAUCAACAUUCACCAUCUUAAUCCAAAACCAUUUUUCCCAUCUAAAUCCUCCAUUUUUGUUGGCUCUCCUUGUAAGAUUACCACAUCUAUAGCUUCUACUCGCACAUCUCCGAUCAAAGCCACUUCUUCUGUACCCUUCCAAUCGUUAGCUUUCAACUACAACUCUCCUUUCUCAGUAUUUCCAGCAGAAGCAUGUGAGAUAGUUGAAGGAGAUGCUUGUGCAGCAGUUAUGUAUCCUGACUCCAGGUUAAACUUGAUGCCUCAAAAAAUGAUGAGUGGCAACAAUAAAACAGUUUCUGAACAGGUUGAAAGGGAAUACUUUGAUUACAACACUGAUCCCAAAAGUGUGCUAAGGGGAGAGGCAUGUGAUGACCUUGGAGGUGAAUUUUGUGAGGCUCCUUAUAUGAAGGGAGUCUAUUAGGGUUUAGGAGGGAAAUCAUGACCAAAUUGAUGCAAACAACUUUGUUUCAUCUAUCUACUUGUAUAGAUAUUGUUCUUAUACUAAUAGAUUUUGACUUCUAUAGACUAUAGUUACUCUUAAAAGGGUUGUAUCUCGUAUGUGUGAAUAAUAAUAAUAAUAAUAAUAAUAAUAAUAAUAAUAAUAAUAAUAAUAAUAUUGACCGUUUUUA